UCGCGCAGCCAGCUGCUCACCGGGCGCUAUCAGAUCCAUACCGGCUUACAGCAUCUCCUCAUCAGGGUCUGCCAGCCCAGCUGUGUCCCCCUGGAUGAAAAACUCCUGCCCCAGCUCCUGAAGGAAGCAGGCUAUGCUACACAUAUGGUUGGGAAAUGGCACCUGGGAAUGUGCCAGAAAGAAUGUCUGCCAACACGCCGAGGAUUUGAUACCUACUUUGGAUACCUCCUAGGCAGUGAAAACUAUUACACCCACGAGGUCUGCGCACUGAUUGAACCCUUGAAUGUUACACGGUGUGCUCUCGAUUUCCGAGAUGGCGAAGAACCCGCAACAAAGUAUAACAAUACUUAUUCAACACACAUAUUUAGCCAAAGGGCUACAACCCUCAUAGCUAACCACCCACCAGAGAAGCCGCUGUUCCUCUACCUUGCUCUCCAGUCUGUCCAUGAUCCACUUCAGGUCCCUGAGGAAUACAUGAAGCCAUAUGACUUCAUCCAAGAUAAGCACAGACGUAUCUAUGCGGGCAUGGUGUCCCUCAUGGAUGAAGCAGUGGGAAAUGUCACCGCAGCUUUGAAGAGCCAUGGGCUCUGGAACAACACGGUGUUCGUCUUCUCCACAGACAAUGGUGGGCAGACUCUGUCUGGGGGCAACAACUGGCCGCUUCGAGGAAGGAAAUGGACCCUGUGGGAAGGAGGCAUCCGUGGAGUGGGCUUUGUGGCAAGCCCCUUGCUGAAACAAAAAGGCGUGAAGAGCCGGGAGCUCAUCCACAUCUCGGAUUGGCUCCCGACACUGGUGAAUCUGGCUGGCGGAAGCACCUAUGGGACCAAGCCUCUGGAUGGCUUCGAUGUGUGGAGAACCAUCAGUGAAGGAACCCCAUCCCCCAGAGUGGAGCUGCUGCAUAACAUUGAUCAGGACUUUUUUGACAGUUCGCCAUGUCCUGGCAAGAGCAUGGCUGAAGCAAAGAAUGAUUCUUUUCCUUUAAAAUAUUCUGCCUUUAAUACAUCUAUCCAUGCUGGGAUUAGAUACAAAAAUUGGAAACUCCUCACGGGCCACCCAGGCUGUGGUUUCUGGUUUCCACCUCCAUCUCAAUCCAACAUUUCUGAGAUACGUUCACUGGACUCAUCAUCCAAGACGCUCUGGCUGUUUGAUAUCAAUCAGGACCCUGAAGAAAGACACGACCUGUCUGAGAAGCAUCCCCACAUCGUCCUGAAGCUGCUUUCCCGCCUGCAGUACUACCAUGAGCACUCUGUGCCUUCAUACUUCCCACCCAUGGACCCCCGUUGUGAUCCCAAGGAUACUGGUGUGUGGAGCCCCUGGAUGUAGGGCUACAGAGGGGCAGGAGUCUGGAGCACAGUUAGGUGUAGGCUAGACCUCAGGCCCCUACUCUGCUGACUUCUCUCUCUUUUUAAAAUCACCCCAGUCCCCGCACCUAGCACUCAUGCUACAUAACCCACUGAAGGAGUCCAGUUUCAACCCACAGUACUGUAAAAGCUGGCUGAUCCUGCUGUUGGCUGGAGUUAGUGUCUGGAGCCCAGGGUGGCUGGGUUCAUCCUGCUUCCUAAACUGCAGUCGCUGGGAACUUGACAUAGAGAGCUAUUCCUGAGGCCAGAGCAGCUGGCUCUUUUUGCUUCACAAGUCAGUCAUUAGAACUCCCUCUGCUAAUAACCAAUUUUAUUGGCAAGACACAUGUAACGAAGAGAGCAGAUGAUUGCUAGUGGUUCUGCUGGCCAUAAGGGCUCCCUGUCUGUGAGAUCUUGUUCACCUUUCCACAUCCAUGACCCGCCAGCUCACCCCUCACUCACUCAUCUCACUGUGGAGCAGGAAGCCCAUUGCAAUAAGCCAGCAUAGAGGAUGCCUAUACCUUCAUUUUAGUUUCCAGAUAACUAAAUGUGUUUUAUCCUACUACCCCACCCACUAUUGCUCAUUCUGUCUAGACUUCUGCUAGCUUGGCUUGUGUGGCUCUAUUCUUGUUAUGCCUUUGGACUUUACUGUCCUGUGUCUGAGGUCACUUUCCCCUCUACUCCAAGCAUUCUGAGCUCUAGGAUAGUCUCAAGCCCUGCCCAGAGAGGGUGGACUAGUCAUUCCAUGGCCAUACUCAUGGGCAUUGUGAUUCUGUGGCAUCUGCAAAGAGGUUUAUUCCAGUUGCAUGGAAUCCAGCAAGAUUGUGGCUGUGCCACCCAAUAUGCCAUGAUCUAUGCUGCUUUCUCAAGUAUUGGGAAGAAAGGCCAGGAAAGCACUUUUGUCCUGAGAUGAUGGAAGGGGCAGUUUGAGAAAGGGAGUGGCCAGAGUUUGGUGUGUUGGCCUUAGUAAAGCCGAAGAGACAUCAUCCUUAUUCCUCUCAUUCUGUUUCACUGCCUCUUAUUAGGGUUCUGGGGUUGAAGAAUGAGGAUACUCUAUUUGACCUUCAACCCUUUCUCAGACCCUAUUAUAUCCCACCAAUGUGACUCCAUCCAGGUUAGCCUCAGAGAAGAUAGAAGCAGAACCAUGCUCCUCAUCAGCACCACUGCCUUGUUCCCAGCUUACACCAAUGCCUGCAACAGGGUCUGGGAUAUAGGCACCCAAUAUGCUUUUUUAAAUGAAUGAAUGAACCGAAUAAACAGGAAAGACUCACCAUGAAAGAUACUAGUCCAGUGAUCUGACUAAAAGGGCAGUAUAAAUAUCCUCUAGUCCAUGCUAGUCUGUCCUUAAGCUGUCCCCUCUGCUCUGGUGGGAGCAUGAUCUGCGUAUCUGGACAGUCACUGGCCUUGCAUGGCAGGGCUGUGAUAUCCUCUCUAGGGGGACAAAAGGGAAUUCUUUUUCUUAGGUGUUCUCCUUUCACAACAAUCUCCAUUCCCAUUCUUAGCUGAGCACUAGAAAUUAAAACAACCAAAUAAUAUGGUACAGGUCUUUGUGUAUAGCCAUCUUCAGUUCAGUAGCACUAUUUCCUAACCAUUAAUAUUCUGUAUUUUAUUGUGGUAAGACUAUUGCAAGAAAAUGGUGCUAAAGCUAAUGACAUCUUUUACCAAACUUUACUCAACUGGGCUGGCAGAUAGCUGGCCAUCAGGCCACCUCUUACUCCAGAGCCUAUGACAGAGAGUCUGAAUGGUGUGAGUCUGGACGCUCCUUCUGUCCCAUGGCUGUAGGUGGCCUUUAUUCUUCUGAGACCGAAGGCCACUAAUUCAUAACACCCAUUUGUUUUUCCCUUACAAUUUUCUAAGCAGCUGCCCUCAGUCCUAGCUCUUUGAUUGUGGGCUAUCCUUGGAAUGUUAACGGGUUAAAGAAGAUUUUAAGAAAGUAAUGUUAAAAAAUGACUAGAGAUUCUGUCUAGUAGAGCAAAUAGGAUGACAUAGGUCUCAGGAUCCAUCUCCUUGGAUUUUCAUGAUUUAUACAAAAAGAAAAGAUUCUUAACCUAUCUUUAGAAGUAUUAAUGUUAGUUCUUUCCAAAUGUGUUUACCUUUAAAGAAGGUUUUGUUUAUUAACUUUCGAACUUGUCUCUUUGUUACUGACUGUUCUAGAUUUGAGGGACAAAAUAAAAUUAACUUUUCUAAAACUGCCAGCCAAGGGGGUCUCUGCUUGUGAUUUUUGAAAGUUCAGGAGCUCAGCAGUGGUGGCAGCUGAAUGUCAUGAUGGACCCAUUGUACCAUAACACUGUAAGGUGGUGAAAAGGAAAGAUUUUGUGUGAUAGAGGCAUUGCCACAUUUUUUUUUCUGAUUUGCCAGUUUUAUAUUACAGGAAUUGUAUCUCAACACAUCUGUUACACAAAUAAGAGCAAAUAUAUUACAGGGUUUUGUUUUUUUUUUUUUUUAAAUAUGUACUGCCCAUGAGAUUGCUCAGAGGGUAAACCACUUAUCAUGUAAGCCAAAUAACCUGAGCUUGACUACAGAACCCACAUAAGAGUGGAAAGAACUGAUUCAAUAACUUGUCCUCUGACAUAUGUGCCCUGUCACACACAUAUACACAGUAGUAAUAAGUAAGCAUUUAAAAAGAAACAAGUGAGACAUUGCCCUAAAAACAUACAUCAUGGGGCUAGGGAUCAGAGUGCUUGACUCAUGCACUGGAUAGCACCACAGAAAAGGAACGUUCACUGCCAAGUAUUAGAGACAUCUAUAGUGGCAUCUUGUUUCACCAAUGAACUUGCCGUGGUGGCCCCAUCCUAGGGGCGUGGCUUCAGGUGUGCAGACAUGACCCCUUAUAAGGAAGAGGAGGGGUUGGCUGGCUCUCUUGGCCUGUAGUCAGAACUCCGGAAGGGCAGAGACUGCAUCUUCUGGAACAGGAAGAUCGAAGAGG